UCCACUUCCACGCUUGCGUGUUCUGCACGCAACUAUGAAAGCCGAGUUCGAUGAUCUCGACGAUUCUCAGGGAUGGGUAGAGCUCUUCUACACGCUCGGAGACGAAGCUCGUCGUAACGCUGGGACUCAAAAAAUCGCUAAAGAACCACAGAACAAGCCUCUAAACCGCUACAAGGACGUUCAUCCAAUUGAUGAAACGCGUGUUGUUUUACGAGAAGGUGAUGUCGAUUAUAUCAACGCCAAUCACGUUCAAAUCCCCGAAGUGGAGAGAAAGUACAUCCUGGCGCAGGGACCAUUAGAGAGGACUUGCGGGCAUUUCUGGCAGAUGGUGUGGGAGCAGGAGUCAAAGGGUGUGAUUAUGCUCAAUCGAACUAUAGAGAAAGGAAUGCGUAAGUGUCAUGAGUAUUGGCCAAAUGGUGAAGAGGAUGGAGAUGAAGAUGAAGUGACAUUCUCUGAUUUUCAUAUAACAUUGUUGACCAAAGACUAUGGAGAUUCGUACAACAAAAGCAUACUCAAACUUGAAAAUCUAAAGACUGAAGAGACUCGUGAAGUUCUUCAUUUCCAUUAUCUUCGAUGGCCAGACUUUGGAGUGCCACAGCAAUCAGAUACAUUUCUUGAUUUUCUUGCUGCGACUCGUAAUGCUGGUGUUCUUGACAAGAACGUUGGCCCUUGUGUUAUUCACUGCAGUGCUGGCAUUGGACGAUCAGGAACAUUUUGUUUGGUGGAUGCUUGUCUUGAAAUGUUUCGUGCAGAGGGCAAAACAGCUUCACUUGACAUUCCUCGGGUGUUGCUCAAUAUGCGUCGUCAACGAUUGGGACUCAUCCAGACACCAGACCAGCUGCGCUUCUCAUAUAGAGCCAUUAUUGAUGGUGUAAAGUAUCUGCUAGGUCUGGAAGAACCCGAAGAAACUGGAAGGGUCAGUUUCUGUGAAAGUGAAUCAGAACAUGAAGACGAUGAACCUCCUCCCAUUCCACCACGAGACCCUGACAUGAUAGAGAGAGCAAGCAACAAGGAGACUGAAGCUGUUCUACCUCCAGCCUAUAAUGAGGGAGACAGAGAGACGCUGAAGAGGACUUGCAGCAUGCCAGCUGAUGAACCUCCAAACAAACGAGAAAAACUAGAUCCAAGUGAAGAAACAGCGGCAGGGGCACAAUGUGGGACAAGUGAGUCAGAGGGAAGUAGCGAAUGGGAAGUCAUAAAUGGUACAGAAGAUUCACAAGGCAGGGCAGAUGAAGAACAAGAGGAUGACAAGGAUCAACCAGUUGAAACAACAGAUGAACAUGAGAGUUUAGUAAGGUCAAGGAAGAGAGAAGAGAGAAAACAGCAGAUGCAAGAUAAGGUGGAUGAAAUCAAAGAAACAAUGAGAAAGCAAGAAGAAGAGGAAGAGGACUGGUGGGGUUGGGCUCGGCCAUAUGUGCCACUUGGAAUAGCAAUCACAUUAAUUGGAGUAAGCUACAUCCUGUACAGGGUGCUUUAUGUCUAAUUUCUAAUCAUAUUGUCCGGACAAUUGGGAAUCAUAUUAUAGUCACGUUGAUCAAACAUGUGAGAAAACUCAA